GACAGAGAACCUGUUCCACCCUAAAAUCGACGCCGCUCUUCGUUCCUCAUCACCGUCGCCAGCCGCUUCCACCGUCGCCGGCCGCUUGAACCGUCGCACAACCAAGCUCAGUGGUUGUGCACUUUUUCCCCCGCCGGGAGACCACGAAUAGCUCAGACUUCGCUCGGGAUCUCUUCGCUGGUGGCCAAGAUCACCAGCGAAAAGACGUCGGCUCCUCCUAUUGCUGGUUCGUUCGCCGUUCGCAGCUGUUAAUCGCGUCUUCAAGGGGAAAUUGAGGCAAUCUGUUUUCUUUGACGGCAAUGGACGCCAAAUUCUUUCGCUUUCUCAAGAUUGUAGGUGUUGGGUUCAAAGCUAGAGCGGAGGCUGAGGGAUGCCUCUUGUACCUAAAAUUAGGCUACAGUCACGAGGUAGAGCUGACCGUUCCUCCUGCAGUGCGUGUCUUUUGCUUUAAAAACAAUGUGGUCUGCUGUACUGGGAUCGACAAGCAAAGGGUGCAUCAAUUCGCUGCUGCCGUUCGUAGUUGCAAGCCUCCUGAAGUUUACAAGGGCAAAGGUAUAAUGUACAUCGAUGAAGUUAUCAAGAAGAAGGCAGGGAAGAAGUCGAAAUGAGUGUGCAGAUGCAUACUACUUCUGUAGAAUUAUUUGUAAUAAGAUGGUGAGGCAAGAAUUGCAGUUUGCUCUGUAAAACUUGAAGGGAGGUUUGUAGCUUCUUACCAUCGAAUAUUUUUGCAGUUGAUUGGCUACUUCAGAAUAGAA